UUUUAAGCUUCGGUAACAAUAGGACUACUAAAGUUGCUUCCUGUCACGUGAUUUCCUAUGAACUGUCGAUUUUACCCAAAGUUAGUCAGCCGUGAAUCGGUCUAACAUCUGCUCAACAUGUCAAACAUAGAUACUAAACCAACAGGACAAGAGGAACAGCGCCGACUCUAGAUCAGCUCAGUGUGAUACUGCUGCAAGAUGCAAAAUAUAGAACUAUGAAAGUAACCUUUUACAUCGUAAAGCGAAGUCUGGCUGUUGAAUGUUUCUUACUGAAGAGGAAGCUCUCCAUUUGAGAAGCAAUGGAGGAGCAAAACACCACACACAUGAGGAGGCUCCUAUCAGAGGAGAGCACUUGUUCCGACCUGUCGUCAGAUUAUGAGUACUAUCAGACAGAUAUCUACGAACUGCUGCCCAGCGUCCAGGCCUCCCGCGCCGAGCAGAGCGGGCCGGGACUGGAAUCAAGCGGGGCCAACCAGGGCGGCCCAGGUCCAGAGGAGAGCCAUGGCCGCUUGGUCAGAGGACAGACAGACAAGGGGUCCAUGCAGCCCUUAAAGAGCAUGCCCGUGUGCAUUCAGGCUAAGAGAGAUGCCAGGGAGAGAAGGAAGAUGCAUCUCCAGGACGCUGGCUUUUGGAAGACCUGGUGGACGACCCAGAGCAUCAAGAGGAGGAGGGCCUGGGAGCAGAUGAGUGAGACUCUGUCAGGGCUUCUGCCGUGGCAGCACACGCUCCACGUCAUUGAAGGUAGGAAACCUGCUGAAAGCUGGAAUUUGGUGAGAGCUCCAUCUCAUGCUGCAGCUCAGUGUUGUUGCAGUCCUAACACUGACUGUUGGUGCGUUUCAGGCAAGUUCGGAGUAGGAGUGAAGGCCUAUUUUGUCUUCUUCCGGUAUCUUAUUUGCUUGAACCUACUGCACUGUGCUAUGAUCUGUGGUUUCAUUCUGGGGCCCACGGCACUUUAUGGCAGUAGCAAAUUCAGUGAACUUUUGCAGUUCAGAAAAAACGACUCAGUAUUAAAUUUCUUCGAUGGAACGGGCUACUUGAACCGCUCCCUAGUCUUCCAUGCUUUUUACACUCCUGGAUCCCUGGCUUCGCCAUGCUUGAAUACACCUCUGCUGUACCUUGCUGGGAUACUCGGCAUCCUCCUGCUCAGCCUUAUCAUGGUGGUCCGCAGAACAACAGUCGGGUACAAGCACACCUGGAUGCUGGGUAAGGGUUUCAGUACGAACGUGAGCUAUAAGAUCUUCUGUGGGUGGGACUUCACCAUCCAGAACCCGGAGGCUGCCAUUCUCAAACACGGCUUCAUCAGGAACGACCUCAAGCUCUUCCUGGAGGAGCAGAGCUUCUCCCUGCGUGUGGCUCAGAGGACGCUCUGCCAGCGCGUGCGUCUCUACCUGCUCAGGUUCGUCCUCAACAUGCUUGUCCUGUGUCUGCUGGGUGGAGCCUUCUCCCUCAUCUACUUUGCCAUAAAGUACCAGGACAAGAAUGAGCACUGGCUCAUCAGCCUGUUCUUUCAAUAUCUUCCUCCCAUCACCAUCUCCUUGGUCAACCUGGUUCUUCCUAAAAUUUUUUCCAAGAUCUCAUCCUUUGAAGACUACUCUUUCACCAUGCAGGUCAACAUAACCCUUGUGAGGAGCAUCUUCUUGAAGUUAGUUUCGCUCGGGAUCUACUUAUUCUUCCAUUUCAUUUCACCCAAUAAAUCAUCCGAUAAAACAUCAUCUGAAAAGCGUUCGUGCAUUGAGAAUGUGAUUGGCAGAGAUAUGUACAAGCUGUGUAUCUUCAACUUCCUCAUGACUUUCUGCAACACCUUCUUCUGGAACUACCCUAGAAAGCUGGUGAAGGAGAAGUCCCCCACGUCCUGCCUGGGUCAGCUUUCAGGGAAACAGGAGUUCCUGAUCCCUUUAAAUGUGUUGGACCUGGUCAACAUUCAGACAGUGUUCUGGGUGGGAGUCUACCACUCCCCUCUGCUGCCUCUGAUCGGGCUCAUCACUCUGGUGGCCACGUUCUACAUGAAGAAGUUCACAGUCCUGCGGUGCUGUGUGGCAGAGCAGCGGCUGUUUCAAGGCUCCAACGCUUCAGUCCUGUUCCACUUCAUGCUGCUGCUCGGCCUCCUCAUGGCCGCCGCCUCGCUGGGCUUCCACUUCUUCCUUAAAGGCGAUGGGAGCACGUUUUGUGGUCCGUUCAGUGCUGGGUGGACGGUGCACAAUGUGACGCAGCAGUGUGUGGAGAGUCUGCCCGGGCUGGCUCAGAACAUCAUUCACUUCCUGGCCUCAGAGGUCUUCGCCCUGACGCUCAUACUGGCCGAGAUCAUCGUCUUAACCUCAUAUGUGUCACGCGGACGGGCUAAUCAGAGAGCCAUCGACAGGCUGAAAGACAUGCUGGUCAUGCUCGGACAAACGCUUCCUGGUGAAACAACACACCACCAUGCAGAGACACCGCAGGACCCCCCGCUGUGCGGCAGAGGACCCCUUCCCAGCUGCUUCACAAACCGUCAGACCGGACCGCACGCAGGCUGCUACCUAAGAAUUAUUAAGAUUAAGGAACUUAUUUAACCGGCUGCAGUCAUUUUAGUGCUCACUUUGCUUGUGCAUGUAUUUAUACAUCCACUUUAUCAGUAAGUUUGAAGUAUUUUGUUUUUUUUAAGCUUUUGUCUGUGUAAACGUUUUCCACACACAAACAGACAUACUAUGAUCAUCAUGGUCAUAUUGCCAAAUGCAAUUCAGCCUGCAAUAAAAGACUCAGAGACUUAAUAU